CGCUGCGCAAUCGUCAUGUCAGGUGGUGAGGCAAGUCAAGGUAACAUACCAACAUCCUCAACAUCAGUCUUCACACGACGACGAUAAGCACCCAGCAAGCACAAGAGACAUCAUAGUAUGGAUGGUAGUCAUUCAUCAUGCGAGUCUGGUCGUGUUUUACCCGGCGUACAGCCCAUUGUCCUGUGGUAGCACACAGCUCAUUGUCCUAUUCUCAACCAGCGAUCUCACCACCAUGCUUCUUGAAGACAACACAUUCGACUUUGUCUACGUAAAAAAAGUUAUAUACCAUGCUCGACCCCUCUCCCCGGCCUGUAAAGAACUCUGUCGUGUGUUGAAGCCUAGGGGGAGGGGACGUUAA